AUACAGGUUCUACAACAAAGAUUCCGACAAGCCUUUGCAGAAGAAAGAUCAACAAACAAAACCGUUCCUCUGUUCUUGCACAAAUUUAAGACAAUGUCUCUGAUUCCAAGCUUCUUUGGUGGCAACCGCCGGAGCAACGUCUUCGAUCCCUUUUCAUUGGAUAUCUGGGAUCCCUUUGAGGGCUUCCCUUUCUCCACCGCCGUCGCCAAUCUCCCCUCCUCCACUCGAGAAACCACCGCCAUUGCCAACGCUCGCAUCGACUGGAAAGAGACGCCGGAGGCCCAUGUGUUCAAGGUGGAUGUUCCUGGAUUGAAGAAAGAGGAAGUUAAGGUGGAGGUUGAGGAUGGCACAAUUCUGCAGAUAAGCGGGGAGAGAAGCAAAGAGCAGGAGGAGAAGAACGACAAGUGGCACCGCGUGGAGAGGAGCAGCGGCAAAUUCCUCCGCCGCUUCAGGCUGCCGGAGAAUGCGAAGUUGGAUCAGGUAAAGGCGGCGAUGGAGAAUGGGGUGUUGACAGUCACGGUGCCAAAGGAGGAGGUGAAGAAGCCAGAGGUGAAGGCCAUUGACAUUUCUGCUUAAUUCCUAGGCUUGCAUAUCUGUAUGGCAGUUGUGUAUGUUUGAUGACUUAUACUGUAUUCCCAAUUCUAUGCAUAUAUUUGGGAAAAUUGUGUUUUUGAGCUGUAAAAAAUGAUGUAUCUGUGCAGUGAGAUUGUAAAGUUUGAGUAUCAAUAAAUAAAAGUGAAGAGUAUUCAGAAA